CAGGAUCCCUCCUUCGACGCCGCGCGUAGCGCCGGGAGCGGCGGCCGGAGCGGGUUUCCCCGGGAGGAGCAGCGCAGGAGCCGGGACCCACCGCGGGAGGGGCGGCGGCGGCCGAAGCGACCUCGGGGAGGCGAGCGGAGCCGCGAUGGCCGAGUUCCCGUCCAAAGUGAGCACGCGGACCAGCAGCCCCGCGCAGGGCGCCGGCGCCUCGGUGUCCGCGCUGCGCCCGGACCUGGACUUCGUGCGCUCCGUGGUCGGGGUGCUCAUGCUGCUGCAGCUGGCGCUGGGGCUGCUGGUGUGGGCCCUGAUCGCCGACACCCCGUACCACCUGUACCCGGCCUACGGCUGGGUGAUGUUCGUCGCUGUCUUCCUCUGGCUGGUGACAAUCGCCCUCUUCGUCCUCUACCUGUUUCAGCUGCACAUGAAGUUGUACAGGGUGCCCUGGCCGCUGGUGCUGAUGGCAUUUAACAUGGGCGCCACCGUUCUCUACGUCACGGCCUUCAUCACCUGCUCCGCGUCGGUGGAGCAGACGUCCCUGAAGGGCACCCGGCAAUACAACCAGCGCGCAGCCGCCUCCUUCUUCUCGUGCUUAGUGAUGAUCGCCUACGGACUGAGCGCUUUCUUCAGCUUCCAGGCCUGGCGAGGAGUCGGCAGCAAUGCAGCCACCAGUCAGAUGGCUGGCGGCUAUGCCUAAACCCCUGACCACGGCCCACCGUGGGGCUGAAGGCUGCAGCCGGGUCACACGCGGGGUGGCCCUGCGGGUCAGCCCAGAAGGGAAGACACUUGCUCCUGUCUGAGCGUCAGACGUGGGCUCACCCAACACUCCUAAGGCAUCCGAUCCUUCCUCCGGCUCGGCCGGGUCGCCUGCACGUGGACUGGAGCGAGCCAGCAGCCGAGACUCUCAUCCCCCUUAUUCCGCAGAAGGUGACGGGGGACGCGGGCUCGCUGUCCGAUCCGUCUAGAGGACCUCAGCGUCCAAGGCGGGGCCCCGCCUUCUCACCAGCACUAAGCACACUAACAAGGACCCCGGCCCUGCCGCCCCCACCCACCCUAUGGUUAUAAGCCUAACCAGCAGCAUGUAUUUAUCGUCAUCACAGUCUCUGAUCCAGGAGCGCGGAGCAAGCUCACGAAACCGUGCCGGGUCCUUAAAACACAAUUCCGACCUGACCCUCCCCCAGGCCAACAUGUCGUUGGAGACUUUUCUGACAGUGUGCUCUUCCUUCCCUGUAUUUCACACUUAUGGUUAUUUUUUUAAAAGAGUGACUUUUAAUUUUUUUUGUUAAUCCUCACCCAAGGUAUUUUUCCAUUGAUUUUUUAGAGAGAGUGGAAGAGCUAGGGAAAGACAGAGAGAAACAUCGAUGUGAG